UUCUAAGAAUAUAUGACACAAGCAUUGCUUGAGUGUGCCUUUGCUUGUGCUAUUGAUUUUGACUUUUUGAGUGUACAUAGUUGUAUAAGAAGAAAAUUUAGUCUUACACCUGAUUAAAGCUAUAAAUUAAAGAGAAUAUUAAAAUAUGAAUGUUACCAAAAAUUUUGUGAAGAAGCCCUGACCCUUGAAAGAGUUUAGAUUCAUUCUUAUUUGAGGUGUAAUAAAUUAUCUAAAUGAUACGAGAGUUUUAUGAUAGUACAGAUGAAGAUGACAUGGAAAGCCAGUAUCAGGUAGAACCUGACUGUCUUGUUUUAACAAGACCUGAUCGGGAUAUGCAUAAUAGAUGUUGUGGUGGUAAAGCAUGGUGUAUAAGGGAUAUCUGUGGCAUUAUAUGUGCUGUGCUGACAUGGCUUCUCAUCCUAUAUGCGGAGUUUGUGGUGAUGAUGGUUAUGCUGUUACCUGGAGUAUCAACAUACCCCUUCUACAGCUACGCCAACAUAAUUGUCUUCCAAACUCUAACUUUCCUCGCUUUUGCCUCACAUCUUAGGACCAUGUUCACAGAUCCUGGCGCUGUACCAAAAGGCAACGCGACGAAGGAGAUGAUAAAACAAAUGAGCUUCCGUGAGGGUCAGGUUAUAUUUAAAUGCACCAAGUGCUGCAGCAUCAAGCCGGAGAGGGCUCACCAUUGCUCCGUGUGCCAGAGGUGCAUCAGGAAGAUGGACCACCAUUGCCCAUGGGUGAAUAACUGUGUUGGAGAGAACAAUCAAAAGUAUUUUGUGCUAUUUACUUUUUACAUCGCAGCCAUCUCAAUUCACUCUUUGACGCUAUCAGUUUAUCAAUUUGUGACGUGUAUCCAUCACGAAUGGCGUGACUGUAGCACAUAUUCCCCGCCGGCCACAGUUGUAUUGCUGUUAUUUCUCAUCGCCGAGGCACUGUUAUUUGCAAUAUUCACCGCUGUCAUGCUGGGAACACAAUUGCAUGCUAUUUGGAAUGAUGAAACGGGUAUCGAACAAUUAAAGAAGGAGCAAGCCCGUUGGAUACGCAAAUCUCGGUGGAAGAGUAUACAAUCGGUAUUUGGUCGUUUUUCUAUUCUUUGGUUUUCACCGUUCACGCAACCUUCACCAAAGACAAAACUAGAGAGUUAUUUGUAUAGCGUUUAACGUCUAUGGGUACAGAAACGGGACAGCGUACUGACAUAUGUCAGAACCGUUUGGAUUUUGGCAUCUGACAAGUGCGUAGUCUCGACUCCUGUCACCCUAAGCGGCCUUUAGCAUAACAGUGCCGGAUUCAUAGACACAUAAGCACAGACUCAUAUAAGUAGACAUAAUAUACACAGUUAUUAACAAACAUGACUUAUUUUUUGUUUUCUACAUUUAUAAAUAUUUUGACAUACAAAAGAGCUUGAUUGAAAGUACUUGUACUUGUUACUUAAAGAAAACGAUGCGUUUGUUAGAAUUGUAUUUGUCUGUGAAUAUGUCCUUUGAAUGGUGAGGCCUAAAUAGUCAUCAACAGUGAAAUAGUAGAAAAUAUGCGUAACCGUAUUCAUAAAUGUAUUACAAGCCUUCAUAUGUUUUGUCUUUGUCAUUCUUUUGUUUUUCGAAGUAAAUGAAAGGGACAAUACACUUUAACACAGUGCAGACUCAAAUACAGUUCGUUUUGUCAAUGUUUUUAUCAACACGGUGUUUUAGUCAAAUCGGUUACAAGACUGAUUAAGGUUUUAUUAAACAUAUAUACAGAGAUAAUACAUAUUUAGCGACAAUUGUCACUAUGACACGCAUUCAAAUACAGUUGCUUAAUAAUACAGCUUAUAGUACGUUUAUGAAUGAUAUCUUCUUUCCGAAGCUUAGUAUUCAAAUUUUAAUGAAAUUUAAAUUUGGAACAUUCAUUUUGGUCAUAAAGUUAUUUCUGAAAUUUUAAGAAUUGACAUAUGCUUUGCUUUAUGUCAAAAUGUAAUGUUACUAUUAAGAUUAAAUGUAUAUAUUAUAUAAUAAAGCUGUAGAUUACUUCAUAGUACAUAUUUUAAGUAUGAUUUUUAAGGGCUAUUUUAUUAACUUAUUGGGUUAUACUACAAUAGGUAUAUCAGUGUAUAAGCAAUACUAUUUAACGCGAUAACCAGAUUAGUGGCCUAUUAAUAAUUUUAAAUAAACUAAAGUUCUCGUGAGGUAACUACUUGAACAUGACGUAAACCAGAUAAAAAAGCAAUACAUAUAGGAAAUUUUAUAAAAGCCUCCAUGGCUAAAAUGUUGAACUGACUUUGAAAUACUCUAAUUAAGGUAAUGAAUGUUAGAAUAUAAAACAAAAGACAUUCCAUUUCAUUUGAUAGUCCAUGAUUGGACUGUGAUGAGAUAGCGCAA